GCCCUAGGACCCUACCUCAUCACGAUCUUCAGAAUGUUUGCGGUUGCAAUCACCUUCCAGGCCAUUAUUCUGACAAUUUUGAUUCCCUGCGGCAUCGUCCAACAGUCCCUCCUCUAUCCCAAUCGAACGGAACUGACCUGGCAGGCGAUUAAGGACGUGCUGUUUUUCAAUUACUACCGCCUCUUCGGUUUUAUGCAGUUGGAAGAGAUUAGUGGUAUUUCGAUCAAUUUUAACUCUUUACUAACAAGCCUGAUAUGUUUCGACAGCUUUCAGGUACACGCGUUCCGAAAAUCUUUACUAGCUAGUCAAUGA